AUGCCGAUGAUCCAGCUAAUCACCCUUGGAAUCCUAAUAUAUGCUAUCUGGACGGUAAUUUACAAUCGAUACGUUCACCCGCUCAGCCAAUAUCCAGGACCCUUUCUGGUAUCCAUUUCGAGGCUUCCUCAUGCUGGCGCCUACUUGACUGGCCAGCUCCACACCUACGUCAAAAGCCUUCAUGAAAAGUAUGGCGAUGUUGUCCGGAUCGCUCCCGAUGAGCUGAGCUUCCGCACAGACCAAGCAUGGAAGGAUAUCUACGGGUUUUCAACAAACUUCCCAAAGGAUCCACGGUUUUUCAACGUUGCAAAAAACGGAAUUUUCAAUCUCGGGGUUUCUCCCACAGAUGAGAUUCACCGACGUCAGCGUCGAGUACUAGCCAGUGCAUUUUCCGACACGGCCCUGAAAUAUCAAGAACAUCUACUCCAAGGAUACGUCGAUACUCUGAUAAGAAAACUGCACGAGGAAGCCAGUGCCGGAUCUACAGUCGACCUGGUGGAAUGGUACACCUACACGACGUUCGAUUUCAUGGCCGAAUACGUGUAUGGCGAAUCAUUUUCAUGUCUGGAAGACGCCCGCUACCAUCCUUUUGUCGCUAUGCAAUUCGCAUCGGUCAAGGUGUGGACUGUUCUCAGCAUGUCCAAGUAUCUUCCUCUACUGUCAUAUCCGAUCAAAACUAUCGCGCUUUAUCUCUAUCGUGACUUGUUCCGUACUCGAGCGGCGAACGUCAGCUUUACUGCCUCUAAGAUUGCUCAACGGAUGGAACGGGCCCAGGAUCCAUCCACCCCGGACUAUAUCGCUCAUGUGAAUUCCAAACAAAAUCUGAAGGCGAAACUGUCCGAGGACGAAAUACGCGCUAAUGCUGGCUUUCUCAUGGUUGCGGGUAGUGAAACCACAGCAACUAGUUUGUCAGGAUGUACUUUCCUGAUAUUAGAUAGGCCGGAGGUCUACCAAAAACUGGUAUCGGAGAUUCGCUCUCGAUUUCAAUCCUCCUCGGAGAUCACGUUUGCCUCGGUGGCUACUCUUCCUUAUCUUGAUGCCGUCCUGCAAGAAUCCCUACGCAUGUACCCACCAGCGCCACUUGGGAUGCCGCGAGUCGUCCCCGAAGGCGGCGCUACGAUUGUUGGCAAAUUUGUGCCUGGAAAAAUUGCUGUUUCCGUUCCACACUACGCUUCCUACCGAUCACCAACCAAAUUCACUCAGGCAGAUCGGUUUUUGCCAGAGCGAUGGCUAAAGGAAGAAGAUGAUAGCUACACCGGUGAUGAGAGGGACCUCAUACGGCCAUUCUCGGAUGGUCCUCGAGGCUGUCUUGGGCAGAGUUUAGCAAAAGCUGAGAUGAAGCUGAUUCUCGUAAAUAUUCUAUGGCGAUUUGACCUAUACCUCUCCCCGGAGUGUUCCCAGUGGGCUGAUCAGAAAGCUUUUGUCGUAUGGUCCAAGAAGCCGCUACUCACAAAGCUUGUUAUAAGAUAG